AUGAAAGUAGCUCUAGGGGAAGCACUCAAAACAGUCGUUAAAGGCAAGCCAGUGUGCGAAGAAUUAGCUUGCUUACAGAAAGAACUAAAGGUACCGCCAGUAAAUUCCGAGCUUUGGAUCUCUCUUCCCAGAACAUUUUCUAGGUCUAGUGCUAUAUUCGAACUGCCAAUGGAUAGUCGGACGUUUAACACACUAACGCCGAUUGACUAUGUGAAAGAUAAUAUAUACAUAACUUCACCAAGAAAGCUCUUGUAUAACUGCAUUUUCGAAAAAUACAGAAUGGAAAAUGAUGAUGAAACUGAACAUGAUCGACAAUUGCAUUGCAAAGUAGAUAGUCCUACAAAAAGUACCUGGAGACUUGUUGCUGACGUGACUAAUAAUGUUGACAAUAAUGGAAGGAAAAAUAUAUGCCUAAAAUCAGAUGCAAAUUAUGUAAUAGGGGAAUGUCUUAUUGUUGCUAAUAUGUUCAAUGUUUUCUUUAAGAAUGCUCCAAUUGAGAACGGUAUUGUUAGUGAAUAUCAGCAUGGCUUUCAGGCAGUUAAGUCUACAAAUACAGCAGUUUAUUCAUUUUAUGAGACUUUAACUAACUAUAUUGAUGCGGAUGUGUCUUUUGACUGUGUCGAUCAUACUUUACUCAUUAAUAAGUUAGAAAAUAUUGGAAUAAAAGAUCUCUUAUUAAAAUGGAUAGAAUCCUACCUAUCAGAACGUCGUCAGUACGUCUCCUUAUCAGAUGUAUCCCAACAAUCAGAAAAUAUUUGCAAAUCAGAUUACAUUUACAUUCAUAUGGGUGUUCCGCAAGGUUCUGUAAUUGGCCCAAUAUUAUUUCUUAUUUACUUAAAUGAUAUUGUCUCAAUAAAUUCUGCUGUAAAGUUUACACUUUAUGCAGAUGAUACUUCAAUACGUAUAUCAGAUAAAUCACAUAUAUCUCUUGAAAAUAAAUGUAACGAACUCUUGUGUGAUCUUAGUUAUUGGUUUUCCUCAAAUUACUUACAUCUUAAUGCGGAUAAAACGCAUGCUAUUCAUUUCCACAAUAGACAGAAACAUCUGUUAGAUAUCGAACUAUCAAUAUAUUCUAAACAAAUUGAAAAAGUUUAA